AUGCGCCAUUUCUAUGGUCUUACAGAUUCUCGGCCGCUUGGCGUAGGUCAAUCUCGUUUGAAGGCAAGGUUCGACAAUUCUGAGCUAUGGAAGCGGUUUAAGCUGUGUGCGGAUAACGUUGGAUUUGUCUUUCUAGGAUCAAAAUCCUCUAAACGCGCUCAUCCCACAGGUUCUAUUGAAUUUGCCGCUAUACACGGAAUUUUGACUCGACUACGCCCCCUAGAGCUCUUUGUGUAUGAUGAGGCUAAAGUCAGGGAAUGCAGUAACCAUAUUGCCACCAUCCUUAGGGACAUGGUUCCACGCAAGAUUGACAACCCACCAGCAAUCCAAAGUCUGGACUACCAAGACGACUGGUCUUUAGAGCAACGCUGUGGGAUGACAACUUCAAGCACCUUCCUUUCUGACCAAAGAUACCUAUUCCUAUAUAAUAUUUACUCGGUAGAUCAGCCUGCUCGCGCUAGCAUGACAUCGUUCGCCGUUAAGCGCGACAUUUUCAGGUCAUUCUUUCCAGAUUUCAAUGAUGGAAAUGCUCUAGAGCUACCGAUGUCUACUAUGCCUGGGCCUAUAAACGGCGGCUUGACUACUGAAAAUAUUGAUGGUGCAGUUGUACUAGUGCUACCAAUGGAUGUUACGCCAAUGGAUGUUGCACUAAUGGAUGUUGCGCCAAUGGAUGUUACGCUAAUGGAUGAUGUGACAAUCAAUGUCGCGCGAACAGAUGACUUGCCAACAAAUGUGCCGAUGCAUCUUGCGCUGAUAAACACUGCGCUAGUGGUAUAUGAGCCCCAGCCUAUGCCUCAAUUAACUUUGCUUCUUACUAAUGAUGGGGCUACUCAAAAUGAAAUAGCCAUUACCCGGCAGUCAUCGAAUAUCUACGACGUGCUCGCAAACAUGCAUCAGGACGAUCAAUGGUUUGCCGAAGCCCGCGAAGAUAAACAAAAGCUUUAA